AUGAAGCUGCCCCCGAGCUGCCGCCUGCUCCUGCUGCCCGUGGCCGCGGCUCUGACGCUGCUGGCCCUGCACGCCCGGCACUCGGCGCCCCCUCGCAGCCCCACGGUGCCCCCCAGCCCCACCCCGCGCCCGCCGCCGUACCCGUACCCGUACCGCUUCCUGCUGAACCACCCCGACAAGUGCCGGGAGCGGGCGCCGUUCCUGGUGCUGCUGGUGGUGACGUCCCCGCAGGACCUGGAGGCGCGGGACGCCGUGCGCCGCACCUGGGGCGACGAGGGCGCCGUGCCGGGGCUGGCGGUGCUGCGGCUCUUCCUGCUGGGCGUGCACCCCGUGUUCAGCGCCGAGCUGCGCCCCGUGCUGCAGGAGGAGGACGCGCUGCACGGCGACCUGCUGCAGCAGGACUUCCUGGACACCUACAACAACCUGACCCUCAAGACCCUGAUGGGCUUGGAGUGGGUGAGCCGCUUCUGCCCCAACGCCACCUACGUGAUGAAGGCCGACCACGACGUCUUCCUCAACCUGGAGUACCUGGCGGGGCUGCUGCGGCCGCCCAGGACGGAUUUCCUGACGGGCUACGUGUACCGCUGGACGGGGCCGCUGCGGAACCGCGCCUACAAGUGGUUCGUGCCGCGCGAGGUGUACCCCAACGACACCUACCCGCCCUACUGCGGCGGGCCCGGCUACGUGCUCUCGGGGGACCUGGCGCUGCGCGUGUUCCGCGUGGCGCAGACGCUGCCCGUCAUCAACAUGGAGGACGCCUUCGUGGGCAUCUGCCUGCACGCGCUGGGCGUGCCGGUGACCGAGCCGCCGCCCCGGGCCUUCACCAUGUACCGGCUGGACUACGAGCGCUGCCGCUUCUCCAAGCUCGUCAUGGUGCACCACUACGGGCCCCGGGAGCUGCUCCAGGUGUGGCCGCACUUCCGCAACACCUCCGUCAAGUGUCCCUAG